CAUUCAUGAAAGUGGAAUCCGCUCCUCAGCUGCUGUAGCGCAGGACCUUGCUCACAACGCAUGCUGUCUCAACCGGAUACACAGUAGUGUACUAGGAAGUGCUCGUCAGCCAAUCUACCUGCGGACCAUCAGGCAGUAGACCCACCAGGUGGCAGGAGUCCAUUUGAGCCUUCAUAAGGAGGAGUGAAUGGAGCGUGCUGCACGAGUCGACCCUCGUUCGUUCGUUCUUUUCUGGCUUAUGGUAUUGAGAGCCACGAGAGCUUCGGCUCCGAGGAAAGAUCCAGAGGAUGAGACCGAGCCAAGGUCCUGUAUCCAGCUAUUUAGUAUUCCGCACCCCGCGCUUAUUCCGGGCAUGGUGGAUUCCUCGUCUCCAAUCUUCCACGGCUUAUUACCCCGCCCGAACCAGACCUACAACACCCUUCUCAUCCGGACUCGACUUAGACUUACAUACUCGGUGGCGCAUGGCCUCAACCCGAAACCGCAUCAUGGAAAGCAACAGCGAGACCUGGACCGCCGUAGACGCCUACGCCUUCCCGCACUCGCAUCCGGCGUCGCGGCCCAACACCAAGGCGCUCGAGGACGCGCUCGCUGCGUCCUCGGCGGCCGGCCUGCCAGAGAUCGCCGUCUCGGCGGCGCAGGGCAAGUUCCUCGCGCUGCACUGCCGGGCGACGGGCGUGACGCACGCGCUCGAGGUCGGCACUCUCGGCGGCUACUCGGCCAUCUGGCUGGCCAGCGAGAACCCGCAGCUGCGGCUGACGACGGUGGAGUUCAACGCGCACCACGUCGAGGUGGCGCGGCGCAACAUCGCGGCCGCCGGGCUGGCGGACCGCGUCGAGGUGAUCCACGGCGCGGGGAUCGACGUGCUGCCGCGCCUGCGCGACGAGGUCAAGGCCGGCGCCCGGCCGCCCUUCGGCUUCGUCUUCAUCGACGCCGACAAGGAGAACAACUGGAACUACGUCAAGCUGGCCAAGGAGAUGGUGCGGCCCAACUCGGUCAUCUGCGUCGACAACGUGGUGCGCCAGGGCAAACUGGCCGAUCCGAACAACACUGACCCCAGAAUCGUGGCGACCCGGAACCUGGUGGAAAGUGCCGGAAAGGAGCCCGGCCUCGAUUCGGUCGUGCUCCAGACGGUGGGCAGUAAGGGCUACGACGGUUGGUGGUGGGCCGUGGUCAACUAGAUGGUUAGAAUUGGUUAGAAUUCGUUAGGGAUCCAAUAUUAAGAUCAUCCAGUUUCCUGCAGACCGGUCACCUGCAUAGUGGACCACGUCGGAGCCUUCUUAUCUGCGUCCUGGCGAUUUCCCAUCUCCUUGUCUUAGAACUGCUGUAGGCGUUGCUGCCUGAAGACGA